AUGGAUAAAUCAAAGCAACAAGUAUGGUUGUCCAUACGCGAACAAAAAUCAUCAGAAAAUACACUUUUAUGCCUACUGCAAGGUUUACAAGGCGUUACAACAAUCAUUGAGCUAGUCAAUGAGCAAAAAAUUCAUGGAAAAAUUGAUUCAGUUGAUGGUUAUUCGAAUGUCACUAUGUCUGAUGCUGAUAUUUUAACUUUAAAUGGUAAAAGAUUGCAUUGUCCUAUGAUAUUUAUCCAAGGGAGAAAGAUUCGUUACGCUCACAUUCCGCCUCAUAUAGAUAUAAGCAAAACAAUCAAUAGAUCACUUGGAAAUUUAAGGCGAAUGCGAGCCAACAUCAGAAGAUAA